AUGCUGCAAGCCUGGCCGUUUCAAAGUGCCCUGACCAGCCUGACGGACCUCUCACUGACCUACGUGGACUCACCGACGUACAGCUUGUGGCUGCAAGGCGUAACUCCGGAGCUCUCGUUCUGCAUCUUGGUUGCACACGAGGGCAUCUACGGUCGACGCCCUCGCAGCUCCAUAGUGUACCAGUCUGCCACGGAGCUGUCUCUCGGCUGGCGCUUAGAGAAGUGCAGAAUCACGCAGUGCUUGGAUGCACGCAACAUCCCUACAGAUCCAAGCGUUGUUCUUCAAAUCGGCGAUCUGCGAUCCGAGCCUCUGACGGGAAAGCUGACGCUCCCACAGCCCCAGAUCUCAACCAUCAAUCCGGGGACUAUCUACGAUGCCGGCCGGGGCUACUCGGAGAUCGAGAUCCACGGGGUCUCCUUCGGCGAGUAUCUGGCCGCGGACGGCGACUACGAGGCCGCGUGCCAGGCUUGGGAGACGAAGCUCAGUGGCUUGCUGGCUGCGGAGACGACGUCGAGGAGACUUAGCGUGGCGGACCUGAUUCCGGCACUCCAGAUGCUGGGAACAGCCAGCGUAACGGUUGGAUUGGCAACCUGUACUGUUCAGGCUCAAAACAACAGCUACGUGAAAUGCACGAUGACAACUCCCCGUCGUGCAGCGCGAGAAGAUCCACAGGAGGGAGAACUUCUGGGCAGGAUCAUCUCUGAGACUGUUGAUGUCAAUGUGAUACUGAAAGUGGGAGCAUUGGAGGAGAAGAACCAGCCGGUCUUGGUGACACAGAUCUCGCAGUGUCCGCAGGAGGGAUACUAUCGGAUAAGCGAGGAUGAUGACGCUUGCCUGCCGUGUCCGAAGGGGACCUAUUCGACACAAUUCUCGGAUCAGUGGCCUUUGGGGUGCACCUUCUGCGCCUCCACGAUGUACCAAGACCAGGUUGGGCAGACGAACUGCAUUGCGUGCCCGACCAACACCUUCUCAGUUCCACCAGCUGUUUCCGUUGAAGAUUGCCGUUGCAAGAAGGGGUACUUCUCGCCGGUUUAUGAUGAAACCCAGACAUACGGCAAGCCUGGCUACGCCUGUGUGGGUUGCCACACGGCAGACUUCACGACACAAGCCCUGGACGAUGAGCCCUGCACCUUUGAUGUUCAGGGCACGCUCUGCGCUGAGCCUGUGUCACAGGUUUGCGUGCCGAAGGUGACAGGCUCCUUCGACUACCGGCUCUGCAUGCUCUACUGCCCUGGUGGGACCAUGCUGCCCCUCGCGAAGCCGUAUUUCUACGUGUCCAAAGCGCAAGCAGCCACCACCAUUCAAAAUCCAGGUGUUGAUGAGUACAGGCGAAUGGCAGCCGGAGGCGUUCGAUUUGCCAGCGCAUGGAAUCAAACACCCAAGGGGAACCAGUGCAACACUGGCUAUGAGGGUCCGAACUGUGGCGGCUGCGUCUUUGGGUACUUCCAGGAUCAGGUCCUGGGCACGCUGAUGUUCAGCGCGCUGGGCAUGUGUGCGACCUUCGGAGCCUUCUUUCUGUCCCUCCUCUACCUGAAGCUUUGCGAGCAAGUAGGGGUGGAACAAAGGAAGAUGCUCUCUGAUCCUAUUUUCAAGGGCCAGAUCAAGCUGUACAUAGCCCGUGGCUGGGUUCGCAGAUGGGGCGCCACUAGCACCGUUCAGAGAGGCGGAAAUCCGGUGAUGAAGCUUGUGGACAAGUUUCGUUUCAAGCGAGUGACCCUGGUCAUCCGCAAGCAAGACAUCGCAGGCUACUGGCCCUACUUCCAGCACAAGGACUUGGGCUUCGUCUUUCGCGUGGACAAGGAUCGCACCAUCCACGUGGCCGGGGUGCGGCCUGGGUCCCCUGCUUCGCGCCUGGGCAUCUCCCAUUCCUGGCGGCUCCUCGUUCUUAACGGCAAGCACCUCCGGGCUGACACUGCACCUUGCCGGCAUUCCAGAUGA